CCCUUCAUAUCAACCAAAAUGGCGGCCCCCUUGAGAAGCAUUGGAAGACUCUUGUGUCGGACUAACAUUCUCUAUCAAAGUUUACGAGAGGUUCGGGGAGGACAUGUUUCGUUACCUGUCGUAAGGUGCCACCGAGUUGGAAGUCCUUGUGUGCAGGUUUAUCGGUCGUUUUGUACACCAGCAUCAUCUGAUGAGGACGUUGCAGCUACCCUUGCUUUGUCCCGGUAUAAAGACAGACCCUGGGAUUAUUUGGAGAGCGAAGAGUAUAUUGACCGCUACGGAUCAAAACCAGUGUGGCUCGACUACAGGAGAAACCAUAAAGGGGGGAUUCCGCCGCAGAAAACACGUAAAACCUGUAUUAGAGGAGAUAAAACUUGCGGCAAUCCCUGUCCCAUCUGCAGAGAUCCAAAUGUCAUAAUUCACUACCAGAAUGUGAAGUUGUUGCAGCAGUUUGUUAGUCCUUACACGGGUUUGGUCUUGGAUUCCACAAGAACAGGUGUGUGCAUGAAACAACAGAAACAGCUUAACACUGCGAUAGAGACAGCUCGGGACCAUGGCUUGAUACCUGUACAGGUACCUCAUGUGGAUUUCUCAGGGGAGGACUACUCCAAUUCCCAUGCAGCCGUGGGAAAAACACCUCCUCCCACUGUUGUAAAGGCUGGUGAACCUUGGUAUCAGUGGUAUGGAAGCAUGGUUCCAGAUGAACGGGAAUUGGCACGAGUAAAGAAGAUAUACAAAUCCUACCUGAAACAGUAGUGUGUACUUGUGGGGAUAUAAAGGCAUAGGCCUAACGUGUGGCUUUCACUGUUGAUGUCUUGUAUAAUGCCUGCAAUUAUGGUUACAUUACAGAAGACAAGUAAUUGUUGGUCAUUACUUGUCUAUCCCUCAGUAGUGUUGAAUUGAUACCAUUGUCAUGCCCUGUUGCUCAUCCCUGAGGUGAAACUUAGUUUCUUGUGAUUGUUCAAGUCAUGGUAGAUGGACAGAUGUUUCAGGAAGAUGAGAUAAAUUAUCAUAUCAAAUUGUGUUAAGCACAUUAAAUAAAAACACAAGUGGAUAA